AUGGCGCGCUGGAUCGCCAAUGCAGGUCCGGCUGGUGUGCCGCUGACCCUUGCGACGAUCCGCGAGCAUGUCGCGAACAUGGCUCGCGGCAUGUCGCUGCCGCCGACCUUCCUCUGCUCCAUUGGAUGGGUCCGCCGUGCCUUGCGCCGCCAGGGUGUAAGGUGCAUUGUGGCGUGUGGCGAGGCGGCCGACCAGGACCUCGCCGCAGUCCGUACGACUCAGGAGAAACUACCAGAGCUCCUCAUGCAUCUCUCUGUCAGACCGCGCGACACCUACAACUUCGACGAAACCGCCAUCUACAUUUCGGUGCUGCCUCGCAAGACGUACGGCGCCAGCCGGGUGGCGGGGAGGAAGGAGGUCAAAGACCGCCUCAUCGUCGGCUUCCUCGUCAAUGCCGACGGCACCCUCUCCUUCCGCCCAUUGGUGAUCUCCAAGGCGAAGCGUCCCCACGACUUCCGCCUUGAAUUCGACCCAGAGGAGUUUUGCUACUGGCGCAACACCGCCAAGGGGUGGAUGACCUCACCGCUUUUCACGCUCUUCAUCGAGCAGCUGAACGCCACCAUGUAUGCCGAGGAUCGGCAUAUCGUCAUUCUGCUCGACAACGCGAGCAGCCAUGUCCUCACCUCCCGCGGUGCGACAUCCGAUGAUCUAUUUGGCUUCCGCACGCGCUCGCUCUCGAACGUCCACCUGGUGUAUCUCCCACCCAACACCACCUGCUUCACCCAGCCUCUCGAGCAGGGGCUCAUCGCGAUGGCGAAGGCGCGGUACCGGCAGCAUUGGCUCCGCGCCUUCACUGCUCGCUGGAAUGCCGAUGGCGAAACCACCCGCUUGGCGCGCUUCAAGCCCAAUCUCCGCGACGUCGUGGCCUGGCUCAACGACGCGUGGAUGAAUAUCGAGCACCACACCAUUCAGAGGUGCUGGUGGCGCACCGGCAUCCUCCCGCGUGCAUGGGCAAUGGACCUUGCGCAUGUGGGCGACGACGCUGCCGGAGCGGGCACGGCCGCGGACAUCGGGCUUGACGAGGAGAUCGGGGACGUAGGCAUCCUCAUCGAUCGCCUCGGCCUCGGCACGAGCGCCAUGCCGGCCGCGGAACUGGUUGCCAUCGACGACAACCAGCCGACAUGCGCGGAGCCGGGAGAGGAUCCGCUCGCGACCGAGCCAACGAGCGGGACCUCGGCGAAGACGUGGGAGGCCCCCGCCACCAUGCAAGCUGUCUAUGACGACAGCAACCCCGAGUCCCGCGAGGCACGGCGCUACGCUCGAGCGGCCUCCGAGAUGCUUAUUGGCUACGCGAAGGCGACAUGCAUCACCCCGCGCGACCUGUGCGCGCUCUUUGACAUCCGCAACCCCAUCAUCAGGGCGCGGAUGGAGCGCGAGAGCCCGCCGAUUAACCUCAACAUGAGCCCCCCGCCAUCCGCGGCUGAGUGCGCGAGGCCCCCGGCCGAGACACCUCGUCGCCGGGGCCGCGUCCUGCCCGCGUGGAUGACGGAGCCCACCCCAUCGUGGGUGACUCUUGCCCAGCAGGCGGCGCGCCGCCAGGAGCUGAUUGACGGUGGUGCGCCGGCCGUCAUGGGAGGUUACACGGCAGCAGCCGAAUGGAUGCGCCUGUGA